CGAAGAAGAGCUGGAGGUAAACAUGUCGGCUCGCUGCUGUCACGGAGUAGCUCGGAUGAACUUGAACCACGUUUAGCUCGCACGGAUCCGCGUGAGAGAGCCGCACCGUGCCGCGCUGUUCCCGGAGGAUGGCAUACCGCUACCUGCGGCUGUCGGCGGGCUGCCGCAGCCUGUUCCGCUCGCUGAUGCCCUCCGGAGCUUCGGCCAGGCUGGUGGCAUCUUCAACCACAGGACAGUUGCAGAGUGGGCGGAGCCUGCUGAGUGACCUGCUGGGAGCCUACAGGAGGCUAAGCUCUAAACCUCCAAAAGGUUUCGAGAAAUAUUUUCCAGACAGUCAAAAAACUCCAAAAAACACUGAAGCUGAAGCUGCAGCCAAAGAAUCCAAACCUGCUAAUCCCCAGGGAGCAUCAGGGAGGUCGACGGGGGGAGGAGGAGGAGGAGGAGGAGGAGGAGGAGGAAAGCGAGGAGGUCGUAAGGAUGAGUCGCACUGGUACAGCCGUCUGCAGAAGGGGGAGGUGCCUUGGGACGAUAAGGAGUUUCGGAUGUACUUCCUGAGUGGCGUGGCAUUCUGGACUACUGUCACUUACUACUUCUUCCUGAGGGACGGAGGACGCGAGGUCACCUGGAAAGACUUUGUCAACAACUACCUGUCCAAAGGAGUGGUGGAUCGAUUGGAGGUGGUGAACAAGCGUUAUGUGAAGGUGGUUUUCUCUGCGGGGAAGACACCAGUGGAUGGGCAAUAUGUCUGGUUCAACAUCGGCAGUGUGGACACGUUCGAGAGGAACCUGGAGACGGCGCAGUAUGAACUGGGCAUCGAAGGCGAGAACAGGCUGCCCGUGGUCUACUCCACUGAGAGCGACGGCACGUUCCUACUGAGCAUGCUCCCCACCGUGCUCAUCAUCGGUUUCCUUCUCUUCAUGCUGCGGCGAGGCCCCACAGGGGCAGGCCGUCCCGGCCGGGGGAUGGGUGGGUUGUUUAGCGUCAGUGAAACGACAGCGAAGAUCCUGAAAGAUGAAAUCGACGUGAAGUUCAAAGAUGUGGCGGGCUGCGAGGAGGCCAAGCUGGAGAUCAUGGAGUUUGUGAACUUCCUGAAGAACCCCAAGCAGUACCAGGACCUGGGUGCUAAGAUCCCCAAGGGCGCCAUCUUGACGGGUCCUCCAGGAACUGGAAAGACUCUCCUGGCCAAAGCGACGGCCGGCGAGGCCAAUGUGCCCUUCAUCACGGUCAACGGCUCAGAGUUCCUGGAGAUGUUUGUGGGCGUUGGUCCUGCAAGGGUAAGAGACCUCUUCGUCAUGGCGAGGAAGAACGCCCCCUGCAUCCUUUUCAUCGAUGAGAUUGACGCUGUGGGGCGAAAGAGGGGGCGGGGGAACUUUGGUGGUCAGAGUGAGCAGGAGAACACUCUGAACCAGCUGCUGGUGGAGAUGGACGGGUUCAACACGGCCACCAACGUGGUGGUUCUGGCAGGAACCAACAGACCGGAUAUCCUGGACCCUGCGCUGAUGAGACCCGGGCGCUUUGACAGACAGAUCUACAUCGGGCCUCCUGACAUCAAAGGACGGGCAUCCAUCUUUAAAGUCCACCUGCGUCCCUUGAAGCUUGAGCCCAACAUGGACAAAGACUCUCUGGCUAAGAAAAUGGCCGCCCUCACACCUGGAUUCUCAGGUGCUGACAUCGCCAACGUUUGUAAUGAGGCAGCUCUGAUUGCCGCUCGCCACCUUUCGGAUGCCAUCAGCCAGAAGCACUUUGAGCAGGCCAUCGAGAGAGUCAUCGGAGGUCUGGAGAAGAAGACUCAGGUCCUGCAGCCCGAGGAGAAGAAGACAGUGGCAUAUCAUGAGGCUGGCCAUGCUGUUGCUGGAUGGUUCCUUGAGCACGCUGACCCUCUGCUGAAGGUGUCCAUCAUCCCCAGAGGGAAGGGUCUAGGUUAUGCUCAGUACCUGCCAAAAGAGCAGUACCUGUACACCAAGGAGCAGCUGCUGGACCGGAUGUGCAUGACUCUGGGGGGCCGAGUCUCCGAGGAGAUUUUCUUCGGUCGGAUCACCACUGGGGCUCAAGAUGACCUCCGAAAGGUGACGCAGAGCGCCUACGCCCAGAUCGUUCAGUUUGGGAUGAACCCAAAGGUGGGCCAGGUGUCCUUUGAUCUGCCGCGGCAGGGCGAGAUGGUUCUGGAGAAGCCAUACAGCGAGGCCACAGCCCGCCUCAUCGACACCGAGGUCAGAGCCCUGAUUGGUGAGGCGUACCAGAGAACCCAUCAGCUGCUCAACGACAAGAAGGCCGAGGUGGAGAAGGUGGCGCAGCGGCUGCUGGAGAAGGAAGUUCUGGAUAAGAAUGACAUGGUGGAGCUGCUCGGCAAACGGCCCUUUGCCGAGAAGUCAUCGUAUGAGGAGUUCGUAGAAGGAACUGGUGGCGAGGACGAGGACACGACGCUGCCCGAGGGUCUGAAGGACUGGAACCAGGAAAGGAGGCCAGACAAGGAGGAGAGCACGGACGAGCAGGUAGCCCGGCAGAUCUCCGGAGGAAUGCCCUUCUAGAACCUCCACCGGACCUCCGGGUUCCUUUCCCGCCGUCGGCCGCUGAUCAGGAAAAUCUCAGUUUUCCAGAUGAACUGCAGCAGGUCCAAAGUAGAACCUGAAGAUCUAAAGAACGUUUCCUGUGUAGAACAUCACGUAUUUAUUGAUCUGAGACUAUCGACAGUGCUACGCUUCGAUUAAAUCCAUUAUCCUCAUCAUUGUGGUAACAUGUUGCUGGAGGUCCGAGAUCAGAUAUUGAUUAGUUAUUGAUCAGUCGUUGCUAGCAUGCUGUUUCAUAAUCUGAAUCAAUGUGUUUCACAUGUUUAAAUAAAGUUGCAGAAACUGACAUCAUCAAUCAA